AUGCCUCAACUGCUCCCCACCCCUUGAUUUAUAACCUUAAUUUUCGCUUGAGUGGUGUUCUUAGGCUUUGUACCCACAAAAGUUAUGAGCCACUCCUUCUCUAACGAACCUACGUCUGUAAAACCACAAAAACUAGAAAAAGACUUCUUGAAACUGACCAUGGGCUUAAGCU